GGCGUCCGUCCAGGUCAACUGGUUUUUAAUCGCGUCGUCCGUUGCGUGUUUUCCUUUCUUUUUAAAUCGUUUUUCGUUGCAGUCGCUGUUCGCUACCGUCGUCAUAGCGCUUCGCGAGUAUUCCGAACGCAGUGUGGUGCAGCGUGUUAAAGCAGUGUGCAGGUGUGAGUCGAUCGGCAGUUGAUAUUUUAUUUUUUCGGGCAGCGUGCAAUACGCACGACGCAUCGCCGGUAAACGGGACAUUACACUGCACAGGAGCCCGGUGUUGGUCGGUGUCGGCAAACAAACGAGGUACGGCGACCAAGUGUUUUCUCACUAUACCGCGGUUGUUCGUUUUAAUUACGAUUUUUUUUUUUUUUUUUUUUUGGCACACCUGUUGCCCGUGUCCGUGGUGCGGUAAUCUUAUUUUUUUCGGUUUUUCGCGCUAUGCGUUUCGCGACGGUUUAUGCGAACAUCGCGUCGUCGAACACCGCUGCUGUGGCGGCGACUAGUCGGUAAACGAGAGCGCGGCUGUUCCGAGCCGACGACAUUUAUAGUUUUGACACUGCGGGGCCUAUCUACGAGGUUACCUACCGCUCGUAUUAUAACGGUCACCGUCCGCCGUCGCCAUUCGGUCCAUAGUCGAAAUGCUGUGUGCCGAGGAACUGAUCGGCGGCAUCGACGAGGCGGACGCGUCGGCGUUCAAGUCGCCCAUCCGCAGACUCGGUUCCACCAGAAAGAUACUGUACUUCAACAAUAUUCGCCUCCAGCUUAACGAACAUCUACGAUGUCUAGACAGUCGAGUGGAAGCACAGGUGUCCUUAGUAUCCGAACUUCAAGAUUACUUCAGAAGGCGGGCCGAAGUAGAAAUGGACUACAGCAAAAGCUUGGAUAAGUUAGCUAAAAGCUUACAACUUCGACACAAAGAACAAAAACAAAAGAGAGAACAGUGGUCGUUGUUUACUAGCUACUCGUGUUGGCAGCAACUGGUGUUGCAAACGAAAAAUCUCAGUAAAGAUCACGGAGCGCUUAGUGAGCUUUAUUCUACUCAUCUAGUCAGCAGAUUGUCUCAGGUCACAGAAGAUGUGCAAAGGAUAUAUAAAAGAUGUCGGGAGAUUUGUUACGAAAUCCACGAGGAAAUAUUACGGGUUCUCCAUGAACUACAUACCACGAUGAAAACGUAUCAGUCGUAUCAGACCGAAGCCAAACAGGCAGAAGCGAAGCUUAAAGUGGCUGAAAAUCAAAGACUGAAAAUCGAACAGGCAGUUCCUAAAGAAAAACUAGAUAAGUCGAAAAAAGUUAGACUUAUUGGGAAAGAAGUUCAAAAAAGAAAGAACAAAUAUUUUGAUGCUAAACUAAAAGCAUUGAAAGCACGCAAUGAAUAUAUUCUGUGUCUGGAAGCAACCAAUAGUACAGUGCAUAAAUAUUUUGUCGAUGACUUAUCCGAUCUAAUGGAUUGCAUGGAUUUUGGAUUUCACCACUGCGUGACGAAAGCUUUAAAGAUGCAGACAUCGGCGGAAGAAGGCCGUAUUCAUUCCAUGCAAGCUGGCCUAGAUGCUACUAAUCUUGUUGUCUCAGCUAUGGACUCUGGCGUGGACAAACAACGAUUUUUAGAAUUUAAUCAUACCGCGUUUAUGAUACCUAAGAAAUUUGAAUUUCAAGGACAAAAAGAUGAGUAUGCGGAACCAGAAUUGCAAAAAUUGCUCUGCGCUGAUAUGGAAACGAGGUUAGAACAGCUGAAUCAAAGAGUAACAAGUCUGCACACGGAGUCUGACGAGGUGUGGAAAACACUGGCUACUGCCGAAAAAACUCUUUUGGAGAUGCUUACUGCAAACGAUUACGAUUGUAGUAAUUAUUUCGGCGAAAAGGCAAUUCCAACAAGCAAGCCACCUGAAACCAUUAGUAUUAAGUUGCGAGCUGACAAACAUGAGACUGAAGAAUUUUAUCUAACCAAAUUACGCGAUUAUCUCAUGAGAACGAGUAGAAUUGUACGUCUAGAUGCCAAACAACAGCACAUAAACGAAACGUUAACAUCCAUAUGUUGCAAGCGUCCCCAAAAUGGCAAUGUCGAUUUGACGCCAGCUAAACUGACGCCUCAGCGUCCGUUACACAAACCGAUUGUCCGUAGAAAAAGGAUUGGUAGGUUACAGAUGAACGGUCAACCAAAAUUGUUCGGUGGAUCUUUGGAAGAAUAUUUGGAUGCAACAAAUCAAGAGAUACCACUGGUCGUUAAAAGCUGUAUUCGAGUGAUAAACUUAUACGGACUUCACCAUCAAGGAAUUUUUAGAGUGUCUGGCUCGCAAGUGGAAAUUAACAAUUUUAAAGACGCGUUCGAAAGGGGCGAAGAUCCGCUUGCCGACAUGACAGACGCUUCUGACAUAAACUCCGUCGCUGGAGUGUUGAAAUUAUACUUGCGUGAACUGCGAGAACCUCUGUUCCCGAUUAUCUAUUUCGAUCAAUUUAUGGAACUUGCCCAACUUGAAUCACGUCAUAAAUUUGUGUUGAAGAUUAAAGAACUUGUUCAAAGCUUUCCAAAUCAAGUGGUUGUUAUGUUGAGAUAUUUAUUUGCGUUCCUAAAUCAUUUGUCCGAGUUCAGCGAUGAAAACAUGAUGGAUGUUUACAAUUUGGCUAUUUGUUUUGGUCCAACAUUAGUGCCGGUUCCCGAAGAAAAAGACCAAGUUCAGUACCAGAACCUGGUCAACGAUCUCAUAAAAAAUAUUAUUCUAUUCCACGAAGACAUAUUUCCGUCGCUGUCGGAUAUUGGCGGGCUUGUGUAUGAAAAGUACAUAUCCCGCGAGCCUGAUGACGUGGACGUGGGCGAUUCACCUUCUGACCAUGCCCAAGAGGACAUCGACUCUGAGGUUUACCCAUCAGAAGACGAAUGCGAAAGUCUUGAAGCUACAGCACAGCAUGAUUUUGUUGCUCGUUCAGAACGGGAAUUAAGUUUCAAGAAGGGUGAAACUAUUGCUCUUCAUACACAGGUUUCUGGAGAUUGGUGGCGCGGUUGUGUUAACGGUCGAGAAGGACUUAUACCUGACAAAUAUAUUCUUCUUAAGAUCAGGGACGAAGAACGCGAAAAACCCGUGACCGAACUUUGCGCCAAGUCCAUCACGUCCUCAGACGAUUCGACCAGACGGCGGACAUCCAGCUCUAACGAUUCGGUGCUGUCCGAGUCCGCAGCAUCCGGUUACUCAUCGCCGCCGCUGGCUGAUGUGCCAUGGCCGCCGAACUCUGCAGGCUCCGGGAACUCCGCUGGCAGGAAUUCGGCAUCGUCUUCGCCACACCGAAGCGCCGUGGCCGACACGCCCACUCACGAGAUAGGCAGCACCGACAGCUUGGACUCGGGGAAGGACUCGGCGGUGGACGAGCAGUCGCCGCUGCACGACGGUAGCACGAGGGCCGCAUACAGGCAGCCACCGUCAAUCCUGGACGGGCGGCGGAGGCGCGGAGAUAAGACAUACUCGACGUCGUCGCCGCCACUCGUAGCCGCCCGCGAACAUCACAACCGGUCAAAGUCGGCGGACUGCUGCGGCGUAAGCGGUAGCGGGGACGAUGACGGUUCGCGGGCUAGGACUCACGCCAAGAGCUUGAGCCUGGGCGAUGACUCGUUCGACCACAAGAUUCAGCUGUGGCGGAAGCGGGCCGAUUCGCAGGGGUCCAUCGACCGGAAGCCGCUGCCUGCCGUCCGACACCAGCUUCAACAACACCACUGCAUCGCCGACAUGAAGGUUCCCGGUGGCGCCCCGGACCUGGUCAUGGAUCUUCCAGCCAGGACUUCUGGCGGCGGCCUGUCGGCGCCUCAGGACGCGGGCGUCGCGGCAGCCGCGACCCAAGAACCCGACAGCCCGGAUAUGGGCACGGCCGCCGAGCGUUUCGCUAAGCAGAAUCAGUGUACAUUAAAGAAGUACAGCAAACCGGUGCCCGCGAUGGUGCCACAGCUGGCCAACGGCGACAAGCCCGAACUGCCACCCAAGUCGACCAAGCCGCCGCUCAAGGCCAAGCCACAGAUAUUUAAAAAACCCGUCUUCCUCCCGAUCAGUAAGACCAACGAUGGACCAGCGCCGCCGCACGCUUAAGCACCGUGGCGUCAAUUCCGAGUUAUGGUUUUCGAGCGCAAAACUCUUAACGUCCCGUUCAGACGGACGUACGAGAGCUGACAAUGGAUAACGAUAAUAAAAUCUAUACUUUUCCAUUUUUUUUUUUUCAUACCAUUAACUGAGUAGGAGUAUCCCGCUCCCUCUAGUGACUGUUCCCCGGGAUUCUCCUUAGAUAUUACGCAACUGACACUCGUCAACCCACCGUUCACCGUUUGGCACACCGUAUGAUAUAGUAUUAUAGUACGAUAUAUUAUGUUAUUCAUUUAAAUUCUUUGUUCAAACAUAUAUAGUUACAACGAUCGUAUUUCUAGUAUUCUUCCCAUAAGUCGUCAUCAUUGACGUUAUCAUUUUUUUUAUAUCCUACACUAUAUGCCAUUAUUACAUACCUAUACGCAUAACGAUAUAAUAUAAAUCUUCGAUAAACAGAAUCAUUCCUUUUUCAAACUAUCCUUUUUAAAAUAUAAUAUAAUAUACAUAUAUAAAUAUUAAUUUAAACAUUAUUUUUUAUUGAUAAAUAUAAUAAUAUAUAUACAUACCUACUAUGAUAUUAUUACAGAUAAUCAUUACAAGUCUAUGUGGGAAUUCAUCUAAGUCGAUCGUGUGCGUGCGUGUGUGUUUCCUACAUCUCAGAUUAUUUACAGAAACAUACAUAUAAUCAUAUUUAUUAAAUAAAACCUGAUCUCAUAUAAUAUUAUAAUAAAGUAUACUCAAAUUAUUACUCAAAGUUACUACUAUAUAGAUUCUGGUGGACGGAUUUUUUAUGCGACAACGCGAAGGACUAAUAGUUUUUUUUUCAAUUUACGCUCAAAUCGCGUUUGAAUAAUAAAUAUGUGUGUAUGUAAAAGUAAUUUACUAGUGCUCGUUUAGUUUGUCCAGACAUUUUUUUGUCGAGACUGUGUUAAAUAAAAUUCAAUCUGAAACACUCUCGACGAGACCUGUCACGAACGUCUGAAUUUAGAGAGGAUCAAAUCGCGCUGCUCCCACGUGGACAAUAAAACGUAAUGAAUUGUCGAGCUCAUUCAAUUGUGUCGAGACUGAAAAUAUUUUCGUGCUUUUACCCUUUUUGCAAGUGGAACGAGACUGAUUGUAUAGUAUUUUAUGAAGAGAUCAUGAUAAUAUAUAGGAUUUGUAGAUUUUGUUUUGUACGUGGAAUUCAAGGGGGAAAAAUGUCAGCCAAAAUUUAUAUUUAAGUAAUUUCCAAAUUGGUACCUGUGUCUAAUGUAAUGUUCCGUUCCGUUUUUAACCGAUCUUUUCGUAUAUAAUAAUAUUUACUCAUUGUAAGGUAAACCUCACCAGGACACCAACAAAACGUUACACUGAAAUAAUAAAAUAAUAAUUAUUUUAUGCGCAGAUACUGUGGGAGCCGGGAGGGUCAUAUCUUAUAGAGAUUAGAGAUAUAAUUUCCCUCGCCCAAAAAUCGUAUAAGUAAUUUAUCAUUAUGAGAUUACUUCGUUUUGUAUUACACUUUUGACAUAUAUUUAUAAAAUAGCCUUAUAAUAUAACAUUAUACAAAUUCCUUUCUAAUAAAUGGUCCUUUUUCAAUUUUUAAUCUUAAUUACGUGCCAAAAUUUAUUUUCUUUUUGAAAUUUUAUAAUUCGCAUUCAUUUGAAAUAUAUUAUAUAGGUACCUAUAAAUAUAUAUAAAAUAAUAUGUUAUAUAAGCGUACUUCCCGAAAAGAUUUUGCGUACUUACAUCAAAAUCGUAUUAUUAUAUUUAUUUAUUUUUACUUUUUUAACAUUGUUGUAAUAUUAUUUUUAUUAUUAUUAUUAUUAUAUUUUAUGUUGCUGUACUUUGGAGGGUAAAUUAUGUUAACGAGUGGGUAGCGACGUCUAAUCGUCAACGUAUUGGCCAACUAAAAUGUAUUUUCCAUUUUGAUAUUGUUUUAAAACCGUUAUUUUAUACACGAAUUCAUUAUUUUAUGUCGACAGGGUGAUACCAUAAACAUACUCGUCCUCCGCCAAGAUUUGCGAUUAAUAUAAUAUUGUUUUACCCAUAAAAAUAUUUUUUUAACGAUUAUUAUUGCAUUAUUGAUAUAUUAUGUUA